AUGAGAAGAUGCAAGAGUAGCGCAAAGGGCCGCCGCCGCCUGGAUGGCCGACCUCUGGCGUCUGAGGUGCUGAGCUGUCAUCUUCGACAACGAGGCCUUCCGCCGUGGACCUCAUUUCUGGUUCGUUACGCCGUGGUGCGCAACGACCAGUUCGGCUGGUCUCACUUCAACUGGCUCGUGGACGGAGCAAACUACCACAUUCUGCGGACAGGAUGCUACCCGUUUAUCAAGUACCACUGCUCGAAGAGGGCACCGCAAGACUUGACCGCGGAAGACAAAUUUUUCCGCCUUCUGAAAGUGCUCAAUUUGGGUAUACCAACUCUGGCGUAUGGCCUGGGAUCCCUGUUCAUGAUUCGACACAGCGAGGAGGUGCAGACUUCGUGUGGCUCCGUCACUGUCUACUUCCUGUAUCCCGAGAAACCGGGCGCUCACUAUUAGGAUGCGUUGACACCGACGAUAUACUUGGUGAACGCUUCUCCUCCCACCGAGAUCGCCUUUGUUUCUGAUUUGUGCGGCUCCUCGUAUCGCUGUUGAAAAGAAGAAUGCUCUAAAAAAAUGCACGCUCAACGUCGUCCGCCAUUUAGUUGUCGUGCCAGGUAGUCGGUGAAAUGUUUUACGCCGCACACACUCGUCAAGAGUCGUGGUACUCUUGGGUGCAGUUGUGUGCGAAGAAUAAGCAAUGCUGUAGUGCACGAGAACAAAUGUAUGUGAUUGUCAUAAAGGUUCUUUUCGAGCUCUAA